AAAUUUUCUACAUUUGUGUGCGUCGCUCUUAGUCUCUUCAUUGGAUCUGUCAUUCUUGUCUCUAACUACGGUUCUGAUUGGCAUGUGGCACAGUCUACGAUAUACACUUCCCAUCGUGCCUUUUCUAGACAGAAGGUUGAAACAGGCGUGGGAGUACACAUUGGCUUCAAUGGCGUCAAUAUAACCCUCCGAGCUGUGCCGAAAAAUAUAUUUUUGGAAGACAUAAACUACAACGAAAGAUUUAACUGGAUUGAAGCCACAGAUUUGAAAGAAGAAUAUAGAGAAGCCUUAAUUAAGGGUCUGCCCUACCCCAUUCUGACUAUAGCAGAGUAUCUGAGUCAGGAUCUAGAAGGGUUCUGCUGGGGUCGCCGGUACCGCUUAGCUGGGUAUUACUCUGGUUUUCUUAUGUGGGUGGCGUUUUCUUUGUGGCUGUUGAUGAACAUCUUGCUGUGCACCGUACCCAGGUAUGGAGCAUACUGUAUGCAGCUCACUGGCGGAGCCAUGCUUUCCACCAACGCUGUUUUUGUUCUCCUUAUACCAAGGAAACCUUUGUCUAUUCCUUUUGAAGGAGGACAUCUUUCGUUUCGUUAUGGCUGGUGUUUCUGGCUAGUUUUAGUAGCUGGUGUCGUCGCUAUACUAGUUGGAACCACUGUCGCCAUUAUAGACACCCUUUUUCCCAACAAGUUUUCCACAAUUUUGGAGGUCGACUACGACACUCCUUACAGUUACUUUGUAGGUCAGGACAGCAACUCUCUCACUAAAAGUGGCUUGGUGACACAGCCAGCAACUUUCUCACCAGAUGGCGCUAUGCCAGGGCCAAGCCAGGAUGGGGUUGAUAAUGCAGCUUACGAAAACGAUGACAGUGACGUCAGCACGAUUUUCAACGGCAAGCGAGCAGUGAGUCUACACUCUUUCGGCAAAUUUACCCAAAGAGAAACCGUGAGAAUGGGACCAGUGUCACCCCUUAAUCGUAGAUUUCCCAGUAUGCCGAGAAAUGUUGCCUGUCAUCGCUUUGAAGAAAUGAGCACUGACGUUCAAGCAGCGGCCAUGUGGUGACGCCCCCUAUUGUACAGAUAAAAGAAUUACAGGAGGAAAGAACAUGGCACACAAAUCUGAAUAAUUAUAAAGCUUAGUCAAAACUUUCUCUGUGGUGGUUUGUUAACUAUUAUGGUACCACGUACGUGCACGCAAAUAUAUAUUUAGUAUUAAUCGAUCACGUAGUCUCAAGGAGCCAUCUAGUGGCAAAACAUUACCAUCGAUUGUGAAUAUGUGAAUAGCUAAAUAUGCAAAUUAUUUUCAUGUGUGUGUGUUGUUAUAGAAAAUUCCCAGAAAAACUCGUGGCAAAAAAUAUAAAAAAACAUUACUAAAAAUACAUGUAUUAAAAUUACUGA